AUCAACCAUUCCUAGUGCAUCACGUCAUCAACCGGCGAUGACAUUACAUCAAGUACGUGACCUGCUUGCCAAAAAUAGAGAGGAGUAUGAGGAGCUUAUUGAGUUGGAGAAAAAAUUGAUUAGUGGCGGUAAUUGUGGUAAUGAAGCUGAAAAUGAAACUGAAGGGGAAGAAGAAAGCGAUGGGGAUGAUGAGGAGGAUGGUGGUGAUGAUGGGGAUGAUGAGGAUGAUGGUGGCGAUGAUGGGGAUGAUGGGGAUGACGACAAUACUAAUGUCGGGGGGAAUGUCGUUGAGGAUGACAAGGGUAAUACAGGGGAACGAGGAGUACAGAGUAAUGAAGAGAUGGGUGAAGAUGUUGAAAGGAGUGAGAAAUCCAGUGGUCGAUCUAAUUCCAAGCGUAAGGGAAAGCAACCAGAGAUGAUUGCAGAAGAGCUCAUUGAAGAUGAAGACUUCUUGCCUAUAUCUUUUUCAAGGACGUCAGCAAGGGACAUCAAAGCUAGGACCCCAUCAAUUAAACGGGUCGUUAGAGAUAGGAAACGUCAACCCGCACGUGCAAGACGUUCACCUUACACACAGUUGCGCGGCCGAGGCCGUCAUGAGAAGAAGGAGAUAAUUAAUGUUUCACAAUUGCAAACGCCGGGGUGUGAUGAAAAGAAUGAACGAGACUGA